GGCCGCCAUAAGGAAAAGUCUUACAUAAUUUACUCCACAGAUUAUCUAAAUUUUCAUCAUUUAUAAAAGUUAAUUAGAUAUUUUAAUUAGCACAGUAUUGUAUAUGAACAUAUAGAGAACACUUUGGAUAUGUUUAAAUAGACUAUGUAGGAUUAUUUUGGAGGAUAUAUUCAAACAAAAGGAUUACAUCUAAAAGACAAAGGAAAUAAACUUAUUUGAAACUAGGUCAACAGACCUUUUAAUUUUUCACAAGUUUAAGCUGUUAUGGAGUUAGUAAAAUAAGUCAAGUAAUAGUAUCUAAAUAUUUAGAAAACAGUAUACUGUAUACUUAAAGGUAUUUUUUGGAAAAAAUAAAAAAUAAAGCACAUAAACCAUGAUUUAAAAAGAUAAUUCAAAUUAAACUGGGAGUAAAUGGAAGAGCCAAAAUUAAGCAUUGUUAUCUAACAUGGAUUAACAAUUAUUUAAAUGUACUGACGGUAAAUAGAACAGCCAAAACAAACCCUUUGUUUAUCAACAUGGAUUAAUGGACUGACUAUACAUGGAACUAAUAGGAUUACUGACUUUUUAUUCUUUAUAAUCCUAUUCAUCUAAAUAGUGCAUAUAUAUAAAUUUGACCAUGAAUCCUGACAGGCCCCGCAGAGCCUGUACCCUGUUAUCCCCAGGCACACCAGUGACAUUUUCUUCACCUGAUCUAAAAGGUAAGAAAAAGGAAAGCAAACUAUGAAAACUCUCAAAAGAAUCCCAGAACUAAUCCAUGAGGACUUCAAAUAUACAGAUAUAGACAAUUCAGGCAUCUUAGAGUUAGGUGAAGAUUGCAAAAGUCUGGUAUUUUAUACUGAAAGGGUAUUAACAUGGAUAUCUGCAUUCGAGUCUUUUUACAAGCACAAGUCAAUGAAGGCUACAUCAAAAAGAAUAAGAUAUGGUCUACUAAUAACAGUAAGGGAUCAUAUCAACAUCAGAAUCUGUGAUUCAGGAAUAGUCUCAGUACAGGGAGACAAUCUGGAAGACUGGAAGGAGAAUGAUUACCAGUUAAUAAGACAAUCUAUUGAAGACCUAGAGAGUUCACAAUCAUCAAUCCCUCUCAGUGGAACUGUUACCUCACAAAUCGGCACUUCUGACGAGGAGAGUUUCGAUGGUUUUCUACCAUCGGAAAUAACACCUACGAUUCCAUCUCUUAAGAUAGAUGCCUGCGAGGAUAGCCUGGCCUACUUCUCGGACAUUGAUUGUUCUUCCUCGGAAGUGUCACAAUCCAUUUUGAAGCAGCCCGUAACAUUGAUUGUGCCAGAAACCCAACAGGACUUACAAAAUGACUCACAAAUCAAUGGGAAAACUGUGGAGAUAAUCCCAUCCCAGCCUGCUACUGGAGACCUACAUAUAUCUCAAUAUACAUCAUCAACGCCAAUCUCCACUCCAUCUACCGCUGUACAUAACACUUCCUCUAAGCCUACUGAAACCAUUUCUCAAUCUGGAAUAAAAACCACUAAAGAGACCGACCUCUUGAGACAAAACUCAAAACUCAGACAUAAAAUAACACAAUCAGAGAAAAAGCUUGAAGCAAUGGAUAGGAAAUAUGCACAGGAAAUAGAUAGGAAAAAUGCUACUAUAUUGGAUCUUCAAAACAGGCUUAAAAUAUCUGAUAAGCAACGCCUGGAUGAGAUCAAGAUUACAAAUGCAACCAGCGCGAUGAAAGUACAGGAUCUGGAGAAAGAAAUACUGAACUAUGAAAAUAAAUUGUCAAUUCUAACUAAGGAACUACAUGGAUCAAAGACAGACAAUGAGACUCUAUAUCGUAAAGUGAAUUCUCUGCUGAAGCAAGUAGAAAGUGAAACAGUUAGUUGCAGUGCCCCUCAGAGCAUCAUUAACCAUAAAAAAGACCAACACCGCAGCCCUAGGCCUCAUUCAUCUACUGAGUCUACAUCAUCAAACUCAUCCUUGAACCGCACCAGUCCUAAAAAUACUCAUUUGCCUAAACUGAACCGAGCCACUCCUACUAAAGUGAACCGCACCAGUCCCAGAAACACAUAUCCAGAUGAGCAGAAUCGAGCCCCUUCUACUAAACCUAGCCCUGGCCAGUUUACACGUACAAGCAACAUACCAACAGAGGCCCCUCCAAUGCCCUCAGUACAUAUAAUGUAUGACAGUAAUGGAAAGAAGCUAACUGAAUCAAUGAAGCGGAAAUCGCCCCAGAACAUAUCUGUCACUGGCUCAAUCUACAGUGGUUGUACAAUAGAUUUUGCGACAAAGAGUAUGCAACAAGGAGACCUUAAGCAGUCAACAGAUUUCAAGUUUCUUGGAUUUGGCACAAACAAUGUCAAAACAGAUGACCCACAAGACAUGGUUUAUGAACUAAAAAAUCUGUUACUGACAGCUAGCAAUAAGCAUCCACAAACUAAACUUAUCCUAUGUGGAAUACAUCAUCGUGGUGAUAGUGACAACCCUAAAAUAGUAGCAGAAUGGAAUACCAAGAUAGACUAUGUUAACAAGGAAAUGCGUUCCUUUUGUACAAGAAAAGGACAUGGGUUUGUGGACAUCAAUGCAGUAAAUAAUUCUACUGUUGACAAUCCCUGUAUGAGUGUCCUUUUUAACGACAGACUCCACUUCAACCCUACUGGCCGUAGCCGACUUGUAGAUGCUAU